AUGUCUUCGACAACUUCCACCUCUUCGUCCUAUGGCGGAUACUCGCCAUCCACGUCGAGUUCCUAUUCCCCUUCACUUUCUGGAUCAUCCGAAUCAUUAAUUUCCAAUUGGGACGUCUCUUCUGAGUCCCAAUCCGACUCACCGUCCGAUGCAUCUUUCGGAUAUUCCCCUUCUGUUAUAUCCUCCCACUCGGCCUCCGGAUCUUCUGAAUCAUAUAGUUCAAGUUCAAGUUCUAGUUCCGGUUCCGGCCAUUCCACCCCUCAGGCCGAGUAUAAUACCCGUGCUCGCAUGUCUGCGGCACCGCUCACCGAAGAGCAGGUCGGAGGGAACCAAGGAUUAAUCCCUAACCACGAACAACAGCAAGGUGGUCUUAACAAUGUUGCUGCACCUGCACAAGAAACUCACGCCGUCCAAUCUGUCUCAGCAGACCACAAUGACAAUGAUGCAGAGGACGCUCCAGAGGCUCCAGAAGCUCCGGAGCAUAAUGUGCCACAAAACAACGCGGUUCUUCAGUGUGCACAGUGUCACAAAAUCUUUAAAAACAGGGCCACCUAUCGACAACACCUUGCCGAUGUGCACAUCGGAACUAGAUGCUACUGGCCGGGGUGUGCCCAAGUAUUCGCAAACGAACGGGAACUUAAUGCCCACCUUCGGGAUCAUAACGAUACCGCCUGCGGAUGUGAUCCGGUGUGCAAGAUAACUUGCCACUUCCCCAGUUGUGGUAAAGUUUGCACCAUGGCAGAGAGUGUCGGUCGUCACCUUCGCCGACAUAACAUUGAAGCUCGCAAUGCUUCCCACUUGUAA